CAUACCUAGGUAUACCAUAACAUUCUCACCUGUUACGCGCCGCCAUACGAGCCUGACGCCACACGAGCUGCCCGAGCCUGAAGAGUCGUUCUCGUUGAACAAAUAGUGGCAGCCGCCACGCUCCAUGGUCGUUUCCCGCUUCCAGGGCAGCCCUGCUGCUUCCUUAGACACCCCAAUGGCACCGCAAGGGCUCGUGUGCCACAUCUGCGGGCGUCAGUACUUUAAAGACAGCAUGCCUAUUCAUCUCGAGCAGUGCUUGGAACUCUACAACCAAAGACAAGCACUACUACCGCCGAGCGAGCGGAGACCGCCGCCCACCGCGCCCACAGCAUCGACGGAAGGAAUGACGCCGGACCAGUACAACGACAUGGCCUACGCCGCGCUCGAGGCGAACAUGGCCACGUGCGAGCACUGCGGCCGGACCUUCGCGCCCGACCGCCUCGCGAUACACCAGCGGAGUUGUACCGCGGAGAAGCCGGCGCGGCGGCCACCGUCCCGCGGCGCGCGGACAGCGGCGCCGGCGACAAAGCCGAAGCCAGCUCCAAAGAAGACGCCCCCGAAGGCGGAGCCGGACCUGUAUUAUGCCAUCCCGCCGCCGCGGCCGCCGGCGGUCGACCCCGCGCGCAUCAAGGCGUUGGAGGAUCGAGCAUCAAAACUCGAGCGCAUCAUCCGCGCCGCCACCGAGGAGCUCGGCGGGCUGCAGAAGGACAUCGCGGGGCUGCGCGACAACUGA